UAGGGUACCUAUGGGCAGCGAUGAAGACGCCGCGCGGCUCAAGGCGGCGAUGGAAUCGUCGGGCGCGGAGCUCAUCUGCGAUCCUCCCCAGGUGCGCGGGAUCCGCGUCGCCGGCUGGCGCAUUCGAUCCACCAAGCGCGCCAUUCUCAACGCCGAGCAGAUCGAGAGGUGGGAGGCGAAGCUGGGCACCCGGCAUUUGCCCGAGAUGGUGUUUGGAGGCAACGAGCUGGAGCUAGUGCACGAAGCGAGCGGGAUCGCGAUUUCUUUCAAUGCUUUCGAUGCUCUUGCGGGGUGGAAGAGGGAGAAUCUGCCGCCAGUGGAGGUUCCAGCCGCGGCAAAAUGGAAAAUGCGAUGCAAUCCAAACGAGCAGCUGAUCAUGGACUACGACUAUACGUUCACGACGCCUUACUGUGGAAGCGAGCGCCUUGUUCUUGAGCAAGAACAAGCUGAUAAGGAGUCAAGUUUGGCGACUUUGGAGUGGAAAAGUUGUGACACUCGAAUCGAUCUUAUCCGGCUACAAGUGAAGGAUCCGAUCUUGUUUUACGACGAGGUGAUUCUAUACGAGGACGAGCUUUCAGACAAUGGUAUCUCGUUUCUCUCCGUGAAAGUGAGAGUAAUGCCGAAUUGCUGGUUUUUGCUACUUCGAUUCUGGCUCCGUGUGGAUGGAGUUUUGAUGAGACUUCGCGACACACGCAUGUACUCCGGCUUCCAAAGCGACCCUCGAGAAUUCCCGGUUAUAAUCCGCGAGCGAUCUCAAAGGGAAGAAACCUUUCGCGCACUCUUACUGAAAGGCCAGUUAGAACCAUCGCUGUAUCAAGACCCCAACAUUGUGGGAGAUCGAUUGCCAAUUCGCGACCACCACCAUGAGAAACUUCACAAGCGACCACGAUUUUCCGCCAUAGAAUUAAACGGCCAGGAUGAGAGGGGGACAGAGAAGCCCUAGUAGCGCGCCAGAGGAGCGAGAGAGAAGGAGAGCGAUAGCGCGGGGUCCGAUCGACCGGAUCGGGGGAGAAUUCGCAGGUGUUCUUCCGGAUUAUCAGGUUUUGGCAGUGAAAUGAGGCCUGGAGGAGGCGGAGGAUCUCCCUUCAAGGUAGUUCUUCUUGGAGACGGUAGAGUCGGGAAGACGUCUCUCGUCCUGCGGCUUCCUACUUGACCAAGCGCUUGAGCGUCGAUGGCGCUGUAGCAACGCUAUCGAUCUGGGACACAGCAGGCCAGGAACGCUUUCAUGCGCUUGGU